UCAGAAAACAACUUCAUUUUCUCUUCCCACUUCCUUGUCAAACCUGCUCAGUGGGGUAGGUUCUCACCUAACCUUGAAUAAAAUCGAAGGUAGAUGUCUUGCUUUGGGCGGGGGAGGGGUCCAUCCAAGAUCACAAACAUUCCUGGGGUCACUUGUAGGCACAAAGCCCAGUUUCAGGAAUGACAGUGUCUAGUUAUGAAAAGCAGCAGGGACCCCGAGGUCCACUUGACGCUGACGUGGCCGCCCUCCACCCUCCAAACCCCGCCCCUCACGGGAAGCCUGUGGCUGGCAAAGGAGCCCCUGCUCCGGGCUCGGCCUCCCCAGGCUCCUCCGGCACCACGGGUGGGGGAUCCUGCCCUCCGGGAGGGGCAGGAGGGGCCACUGGUGGUGUCUGGCACCGUUCCCCUCCCUGGGGCAGGAGUUCAUUGGGGUGUUUGGUCCCCACCUCCCCCAUCCUCACCGCUCACUGCACCUCAGCACAGGGGAACAGUCUGCCGGCUCCAGUCUCCUGGGGCUGGACCGAAGUGCUUUUGAGACCACCCCACCUGCUCUGAUGCAGGCCACGCGGGCGUGGGCGCGCCUGGCACGGCCACCUCCCCUUGCUCUGUGCGCCAAGCAGCCAGCCCCAGCCACGGUGCUCCCCGCUCACUCAGGAGCUUGUCUGCCACCAGGCCCUCAGGGAGCCCCUCCCAGCAGCAGGGCACACAUUCCAAGCUCCCUGCAGUCCCGCGGGUGCCCCUCUCAUGAAGCCAAAGGCAGAGACGCAGUUCGUGGGACGCCGACUAUUCCGGAAACGUCCUCUGAGCAGGCACUGGAUUCCUCCUCGUUGGUUCAGACCCAGCUAGACUCCCGCUCCCCAGGAAGCCUCGCUUUCUUCACAAUCUCUGUUCAACAAGAUUUCGGUGGCUUUGCUCUGAAGCAUCCAGAAUCCCCAUGGCAACAGCCUCUCCAGGCCCCGCGCUGCGAGGGGCACCGCCUUGCUCUUUUACACGGUUGUGUGGAUCUGCGGCUGUUACGCAGCCGUUUCUGUGUGCCCACUUCUGCUGUGCACACAGGUCUGCCCGGCAACCCGUGGGGGACUUACCUGGCCCACACAGGGCAGGUGUCACGCUGCAGUGGUGUGGAUGGUUCCCGGGACUCUGUCACCAACAGAAAUCACAGCCAUUUUCGUAUCACACCGCAGACCACGCAGAUAUUCCAAAACACCACGUCGGCUCAGCUCCUCACUAAUGCAAAACUGGGAUGCUCCCGGAUGUCUCUGAGCGCUUUCCUCCAGCCCCCCUUUUGGAUGCGGGAGCCCCGCCCCUUUUUCUCUGGGACCAGUUUCUCCCUCCCGCUUUUGCCUCCAAGGACUUUCCGAAGUGCUUCCCUUUCUGAAGGGGAAUUUUGGGCUCCACCCUCGUGA